CACGAUGCAAAUAAUGAAGUAUGAAACUACGCGAGCGAUUGUCUUGGUUUUGGUCAUGCUCAUUGGAGCCAAAAUUGCAUUUGGUGAGACAACAGGAAACCAGAUGGUGUGUACGAAAAAUGACAUCAUUAAGGUGUCUGACCAACUAAGUGAAAUGAAAGAGGAGAUGGAUGAAAUAAAGGAAACUAUAAAUGAUAUAAAAGCAAUGCUGGAAUGCAAGAAGUCAAUUCAGGAUAUAGUUGUCUGCAGAGAAAACAAACUGAUAUCUGGAGAUGUUUACUAUGUUGCUGACGCUGGGUUAACUGCAUCAAGCACUUGGGCAAGUGAUAAUGGCGCAAAGAGAUCUAGAUUAGACACACAAGCAGAUACAAGUGGUGUGGGAGCCUGGUCUGCACGUACGAGUGAUAGAGAGCAAUGGAUACAAGCAGACCUUGGUAGAGUCAUGAUAGUGACAGGGGUGAUCACUCAAGGAAGAAAUGGCAAUGCCCAAUGGGUUAAAUCAUACAAAUUCAGCUAUGGUGAAACUGAGACCGAUUUGAAAGAGUAUGGAAUGAUUCUACCAGGGAAUGUGGACCAGAACACCAAAGUGACCAACAUGAUUGAGCGACCUGUCUUAGCCAGAUUUGUUCGCAUAAAUCCUCAAACUUGGCAUGUGCAUAUAUCUCUGAGGUUUGAUGUUAUUGGAUGCCCCUCGUAAAGAUUGAAUACAGAAGAAGAGAAGCCCCGGGAAAACAGACUAAGAACAAUUAUGAAGAAAUGACUGUUGCCCAUUUUGAACCCUGUAUUCAGCAUGUUCAAAAUUGUUUUUGUUUUCAAAUAAGUUCAAAUCGAAUGAUUUCAAAUUGUACUCAUGCAAAAGCAAACAUGAUGUA